CAAAAUCUACUGUGAAUUGGCAAAAUUUCUGAAUGUGAAAAUGGCCGCCAAAUCAGUGGGGAAAACGACUUUUGCUAGACUAUAAUAUUUAAAUUUUGUUGUUUUUAAAUUAGUCGGGCAUAGUUAAAUAUGUAAGCCAAGGUAUAGAUACACUUUGUGAGCUAUCAGAAUAAAAAUAUUCAAAAUAGAGGCAUGGCAGGCCGUUUAACUGACGCCAGAAGCACGUUGGAUGAUUUGCUCAAACAGCUUGCAGAAAAACAAGAAGCGUUAAGGUAUUUUUAUAUUGAACAUUUUUUAUCAUUUUGGUCUACCACCAAAUAUGAUUUCCUUAACUUCAAUAAUUCAUUUGUUUUGAUUUUAGUCCACCUUUAAAUGAGGAUGUAAAAGAAACAGACAGGUGUGACAAAUGCAUAUUUUAUAUAUUAAUAAAUGAUCGAACCAAUGAUUGGCAAUCAUUUGAAUAUGUAAUUUGCUGCCCCGUAAGGGUCCAGAAAAGAGUUUUGGAGACAUGGGAUAAAGCCUCUUUUCCAUCCAUCACAGCAGUCAACUCACAAGCUUGCUGCGAGCCAGUGUGGAAAGUUUGUAUCACGCAGCGGAUAUCUCUGGCGAGCAAUUUUAAUGCUUUCUAUAUAUUUACUAUUAAAUUUUUGAAAUCUCCGGUGCGCAAUGUCAAAAUCCAAAUUUUCCAGUCAGGGCUGCGAGUGCUUUCAAUAGAGGUGCACCGGAUUUCAAAUCCGGCCGGAUUUAACGAAUUUUCCGGCAUGCGGUAUUCGGCCGGAUUUGGAGAAAGUAUGGCCGGAUUUUAAAUUUCUGUUUUCACCUUAAAAAUUCACCAAGAAUGGGAUAAACCAUCCAUUUGGCAGCUUUAGAGUUUAAAAAACACUUAUAUUAUUAUAAAAUAUUAAGUUAUUAACAAAAAUAUUUAAAAAAGGUUUAAACACAAUCAAAAAUCUAAACUGACCCUAACUAAAAUAGUAAAAAACAUAAACCGCCAUUUUGAAUACUGAUUUAUCCACAAUUGUCCCCAUUACCGGUUUAUUUUAAAUCCAGCCGGAAUUCCGGCUGGAAUUUUUGUCCAAAUCCGGUAAAUCCGGUUCCGGCCGGAUUUGAAAAUUCCAAAUCCGGUGCACCCCUAGCUUUCAACCAAUCACAAUGCUCGACAGUUUAUUUUAAUUAGAUGCAAAUACUGGCAAUGAGCUUGCAAGUUGGUUUUUAAGACGAGUGGAAAAGAGCCUCAAUAAGUAUAGGAUAGACAAUGAUCACAUGUGUUCAAUGGGAGAUAUAACUAAUCAUCGUCUAUCCGACUUACAACAUGAUCAUAUCCAUGAAGAAUUAUUAUAAUUGUUUUUUAUUGAUCAGUACUUGCAGUGAGUGUAUUGAACUGACUAGUAUGCUCUAUAAAUAGUUGAAAGUUAUGGGUUGGUUCAAAGUCUAGCAGAAAUGGCUGAGGUUGACAAAUAAACAAUGUGUGUUUGCUUUAAUAAGUACUGUCUUCUACCUGGUGAAACAAUAGCAGCCAUUUAGGGAUUAUGGUCACUCCUUUCACUUCAACAGCAUAAUGGUGUUAUGAAAUUAGAAUGUUACGCCAACGACCGAGCAGCUGGAAACCUUUAUGAUAGCACAGGGAAUAUGAUGAAAGAUCACCUUUUGAAAGACUUAGUCAAUGCCAAAUGAUAUUAGUCGUAUUACUCACUUCUUACAGAUGGUUGCACGGAUGCUGGGGUUGCUGGACAAGAACUUGUAUAUGUCCUUUUUCUGCACAAAAGAAGCUGUGCUGAAGGAAAAAUACAGGAAUUCCCUAUUCAAUCCUGAUAAAUUAAAAACUGUAACUAAUCACAGAUUGAUACCUCCAGAGUGAUGCUUUGCUUUAGUACCACUGGGAAUAACUAAAUAUCUAGAAAGCAAAUCCACACUGUUGUUAUUAAAACUUGAAUCAUACGGUAUUUCUGGUUCCACCCUUUCCUGGUUCCGUAGUUAUUUAUCAGUGAGACAACAAAGAAUAGUCAUCGACAGACAGUCUUCUGACUGGCUUCAUGUUACAUCAGGUGUACCUCAGGAGUCUAUCCUUGGGCCCCUUCUCUUUCUGGUAUACAUAAAUGAUCUAUCAGUGAAUACUGAACAUAAUUCACCAAUCACACCCUAUUCAUCUGCCAAAUGACAGUUAUUGUCUUCAAAAAGAAAUUGAUUGUCUCCACCAUUGGAGCGAAAACUGGGUGAUGUCAUACAAUGUAAACAAAUACAAAGUUGUACAUUUUUCAAGGAAGAAAUUGGUGUUUCACCAAACACCCAGAUACUAUAGCUUGGCAGGUAAUCAGUUACAAAGUGUCCAAAAUAUAUUGGAUCUUGGAAUUACUGUUACUAAGUAAACAAUCUUUCAUGGUCUACACACAUUGAAAACAUUGUCUCUAAAGCAAAUAGGACUCUUGGGCUUGUUAAAAGGUUGUGUAAGGACAUCAAACGACCUCAGCACCAGGAAACUCCUUUAUUGUACAAUUGUUAGACCAAAGUGUGAGAACUGUAGUGGCCUAUAUGGUCUCCUUAUACAAUUAAACAUUGUUUACUUGUUGAAAAUGUGCAGCGAAGAGCUACACAUAUUACCUUAAACUAUCCCAAAGACAUGCCCUGCUACCUUUAGAAUUCAGAAAAGAGAUUUCAGAAUGUAGUUUUUCUUAAUGUUGUUUUUCAAGUCAAGAAAUAAACUUAUAUCAUUUGAUGUAAACAAGUAUAAAACACUUUUGUCUCCCGCUAUCAGACCCGUAACUAUGAUCCUAACAAUUAUAAUUUGAUCAUAAACACAAACAAGAUUAUUUUAGGAAGUCUUUCUUUAAUAGAACACUGUUCUACUGAACAUUGGAAUAGCUUAGUUACCUUCCAAUUUGAAGGCUUGUGAUUCAUUUGCUUUAUUUAAAACCAAACUAAUUUAUACAUUGCAAAAUUGGAUUCCUAUAGUCUACCUAGUUAAUAUAGUCUUACAGUACAUGUAUAAUUUUUAUUGUAUUGUUGUAAGGGGUAGGAUGGCAAUUGGGACACCAGCCCUGUAUCCAACCCCUACCAGUUAGAGUCUUUUGUAAUUUGUAAUAUUUGUGUGUAUGCAUAGUAUGUACGUUAUUGGCAAAUUUAAUAAAUUCAAAUUCAAAAAAAUAUUACAAUGUAAAAACUGAACUCUUACCAUUAUUGGUUAUUAUAGAUUUCUCAUAUGGUAAAUUCGUAAAAACCAUUAUGUUAAUUACUUUAUAAAUGGUAUUUUCCUGGUUGUUAAAUAUUAAACAUCAUGGUUUUUACUAGGGAUGAGCCGAUUAAUCGGUAAAUAAUCGGCAAAGCCGAUUAAUCGGCCGUUUUCUAAAUAAUCGGUAAUCGGCCGAUUAUUGCCUGAUAAUCGGCCAUAAGACUUUUUCUGCAGCUGCCAAUCACAUGCUAAAAUACUGAAUACAAGCGAAUAGAUUUUCACAUUUUGUUGCAAAACCUGUGUCUUUUGUCUCAAGUGUAAUCCACCCGUUGAAGACUGCAGACUGGCAGUCGAAAGCUCGUAAUAAUAAAUAUUUAAAAACCAGAGAACGUCUAAAAACUUAUUAUAAACUUUGACUAUUGACAUGCGAGACUGAAGCUGUUUUUAAUUGUACAAAGUGUGUAUUGUAACAAUAAAACCGCAUUUACAACUUCAUUGUUGGUCAUCUUGUGAUUUUUCGCUUGCUUUUUAAAAUAAUCGGUGGGUACCGAUUAAUCGGCCGAUUAGUUACAAUAAUCGGCUUAUAAAUAAUCGGCCUCAGUAAUCGGCAAUUUUCCUUAUCGGCUCAUCCCUAGUUUUUACUAAUUUACCAUAUGGGAAAUCUAUAAUAACCAAUAAUGCUAAGAAAGAAUUCAGUUUUUACAUUCAAAAAUGGAAAUUUAAUAAAAAAACUUUGUACCAAUUUAAAUAACAAAUAUAUAACAAUCAUGUUUCGCUCGCUACUCUGGUUUAAAUAAAUGAUUACAAAGCCCAGUCGAAUUGUAAUCAAGACCCAACGUUUCGACACUCCAGUCUAGUGUCUUCAUCAGGGGUGAUCUGAAACUGCGAUCGUGGCUUCUUAAAUACCCAAGGGAUGACGUCACCUGCCAAGAAGAUGCAUAUAUUCUUCUGGCAAAUAGGCGCCGUCAUCCCUAUUGCCAGAAGAAUAUAUGCAUCUUCUUGGCAGGUGACGUCAUCCCUUGGGUAUUUAAGAAGCCACGAUCGCAGUUUCAGAUCACCCCUGAUGAAGACACUAGACUGGAGUGUCGAAACGUUGGGUCUUGAUUACAAUUCGACUGGGCUUUGUGAUCAUUUAUAACAUUUAUUUAAACCAGAGUAGCGAGCGAAACAUGAUUGAUAUACCUGGUUGCAGUGAACGAACAAACUUUAUAAAUAUAUAACAAUUUAUUUUUAAUAAAAAAAUUUCCAGUGAAUAGGAUGUAUGUUAGCCUGCACAUAGUACAUUGUAGUAUAUUAGCAGUACUUAUACUGUAAGAUAAAAUGCACAAGUCUUUCAAUGGAGGAAAUUGGGAAGAAUUUGAGAAUUUCUCAGUGUGUAAUGUUAUGCACCAAUGUGCACGAUAUUCAAAGAUGUACAAUAUGUUAAAGCGUUCUUCAAUGGCGUUAAUAAAAGCAAUGGCAGCUGAAGUGAGACAUGAAAUAGAAGAGCAGAUAGAGAGAGCUGGUGUGUUGAAUGCUUUUUGAUAAAUACAAAGAGACCGGGCAUGAAGUGCUCAUGUCGAUCUGCGUCAUGUUUGUAAACUGAUGACGUCCGGAGUGGUCCACGGAGGGGUCCUGAAGGAAAUAGAUGUUCAGACGGUCGUGACUGAGAGAGUUUUGCGCCAACAACUGGGUUCGUUCGCAACUUAUUUCGCGUUUGGAACUGAGACUGACGGGCCUGCGUAUCUGUUUAUGGAGUUGUUGCUGCUACGCUUAUGACAAAUUAUUCUUGGUUGUCUUUUGUUCAUUAUGCUAUACGCAUCCCUUGAUUUCCAUGUAAAUAUGGCAAGAUAUUUUCAUACAGUAAAGCCAGCCAACAAUGUUAUAAAUGGCGUCAACUCAAGUCUUCCCACAAUUUUUCUACUUCACCAGUCACAAGAAAGAAAUUGGAAGCCACUGGGUUUGUCCAUGCAAAACAAUUACAGAAGGUUUCAGCACAAUGGGAGAGGAUACCGAGUCACCCUUCUGAUCCUGCAAAAGAUUUCCAUCAUAUCUUUUGAGAUUCUCUCUGGCAAGUUUCUUAUCAUCUCUUCUCGCACUCUGAAGCAAGCUUCAUAAGUUUCUGUCAAUUUUGAGUGGAUUAAUUACGCUAAUGCAAAAGAAUUAUUGUUUGAGUGGGUUAUAUAUGAAGACAUUUUAGUCACGAAAAAAGUCUGUUCAACUGUGGGAAAGCGGUUGACUAUGAAGAUUCAUUUUCAAUGAAAAUUCAUUGUCACGAGAAAUACCGCAAUGCCAGUGCUAGACUUGCAACAGUCCGCUGGACUAUGAAUGUGUAGAAUAGUAUGAACUUGACUGAUAAAUAAAAAAUUCAGAGUUUUACCAGUUGAGAAGUUGAUAGAGUUUUAAUUUAGAUUCUUUGAUGCUCUUAUAGAUCAAGAUUGUAGUCUUUAGCAUCUGCACUAUGGCAGUUGCAUACUUGCAUAUUACUAUAACGAUUAAUGAUUAGAAUUAAAUGGCCUUCUACGUUCGUUUACAAACACUGCAUGUGAAAUUCGGUAUCAGGCUUUUUGUGGUUGAAUAAGAUCUGAUUAAAGAUAUCUUGAAAUCACGAAAUAUCGUGAACAGUGUCCGCCACUAGUCAAAGUUUUUAUAGCAGCCAUUGUUCCUUGGGCAUUAACACAAGAUUGGUUCCUUCAGAAACGGUGGAUUGUCCCAUUCCAGAGGUCCCAUUUGUGAGAGUGCAUGCUAAAAUAAGAUGAAAUAUUAAAACAUCAAAAUGAAUGAAUGUGAACCUUAAUUUCUCAUCCUUUGAAUAAUAUACAGCCUUGGUAAAUGGAGUCUAAGUUAUUCAACUGUAAAUAAUAUUUCUACGGUUACUAUAGAUCAACAGCUGGCUCUCAGCCGUCAACUCCACGUAAAAGGUAUAAUUCUAUAUAAUGUAUGCUGUUUUAAUGUCGAAACCUAUUGUCAUAAUAUUUUUCCAGUAAAUUCAUGUUGUUUUUUGUUUCUUUCUCACAUCUGAACGUUUGGUACAACUACAGAACGUCAUCAGGUAACUGAUUACAUUUUUUCUUACAGUGGCUAGACAACCACCUAGAACAAUGUUUUAGCAAUGUAUUGACUGUGACAUACAUUGUUACAAAAUACUGUAUCACCCAUCUUAAUUCGAUUUACAUAUAUUUUCACAUAUUUUGAAAAAAAAAUUCGUGUAAAUUCUAUACAUGUCCUUUGUAAAUUACUGUCGUUCCAAUUGAAGUGUUGCUAAAAUAUUGAUUCAAUACAUUACCUCGGGCUGACCAAUUCAUUUGAUCAAGUUCCUCGAGAUAUUCAUACACUUCCUGUGAAAGAGCCAAUUCCAAGUAUUUGAUCAUUUCUGGUCACUUCCUUUCUAUUUAUGAUUGGUUAGUUGCACAAACAACAAAGGUGAUUGGUGCAUUCAAACUAUUCAACAGGAAGUUUACAAUUAUACUAGGAAGUUUAUGAAUAUCUCGAGGAACUUGAUCAAAUGAAUUGGUCAGCCCGAAAUAAUGUAUUGAAUCAAUAUUUGAGCAACACUUCAAUUGGAACGACAGUAAUUUAUAUGUUAAAUGUGUCCAUAUUCCAGGAAACAGAACACCAAGGAAGAGGAUAAAAAGAGAGAAUCCGCCACAAGACACUGGUAUAUAAGCAUUAUUUUUGUUAUACUGCGGCCAGUUGUUCGAAAAAAAUGCCAGCACUGGAAAGUCCUUGAAAAUCAGUAGAAGUCCUUGAAAGUCCUGGAAUUAAUUUCCUUAACCUCCAGCUGUGCCAACAUUAGUGAUUUUGAUUAAAAUUACUGAAGUGAUUUGUUUACGGCAAAUCCGUGCCAUUUUCAAAGAUUUUUCCCAGUUUUAGCUCCUUGAGUUUACUGAAAAAGGGCUUUGAAAGUCCUGGAAAAGUCCUUGAAUUUCACCUUCACCAAAGGGUGUACAACCUGUAAAAUUGAAAGCAAACUUCCCAACAGCUUGUUGAUCAAUUUGGAAAUAGUUCUUCAGAGAUAAGGUCUGGAUCAAAAGGCGUUUACUUCUCUGAAGUUUUGCAAUAAACAGACGUGCAGAAAUACACAAACCAAAACAGCGGGUUAAAUCUUAACCCAGUGUUAGAGCUAUAACAACCGGACCUAAUAUAGUAUUAGAAUUAACUCAACUUGAUAUAUUUUGAUAUAAUAUAACUUAUACCAAAUGUAAUUUAUUAGAUUGCAUGCACUUGGUAAACGGCAGAAUGUUUAGAUUGGUUGAAUUUUCAUUAUAAUAUGUAUAGACCCAUUGCACUGACGUCACAAGUCCUUAGAUGCAUCGUCCUCCAGAUGCAUCGUCCUCCAGAUGCAUCGUCCUCCAGAUGCAUCGUCACCGGCGCUGUGACGCCAUGUACAAUGGGUCUAUAUAUCCUGAGAAGUCAAAAUUUAAGUCGUCAAUUUCAUCGUUUGUGGAUACGGGAUAGCUAUGAUAACUUUGUUGAAGUAACUUUUAUGUCGAUUUACUCUCGUGUUUUUUUAAGUUAUUUUAAAAUUUGGCAAUCAAUUUUUUCUCUUUUCAUUACAGACAAUCAGGUGGCUUUACCAACCCAAAGUAUGUUCACCUUAUAAUUGUAAAUUUUAUGAUUUAUCUGAAAUCAACUGCAUGAAUUAACGCUCGUCUUUUUCUUUUUUUCAAUAUUGAUUCGUUCUGAUGAUGACAUCACAGCAACGUAUGUAUACAAAACUUUUACUAUUUAUACACAUGCACGCAUGCAAAACCGUGUCCAUGGCUUCUUUUGCAAAACCAUGUCCAUGGCUUCUUUUCCAAAACCAUGUCCGUGGCUUCUUUUCCAAAACCGUGUCCAUGGCUUCUUUUGCAAAACCAUGUCCAUGGCUUCUUUUCCAAAACCAUGUCCGUGGCUUCUUUUGCAAAACCGUGUCCAUGGCUUCUUUUGCAAAACCAUGUCCAUGGCUUCUUUUCCAAAACCGUGUCCAUGGCUUCUUUUGCAAAACCGUGUCCAUGGCUUCUUUUCCAAAACCGUGUCCAUGGCUUCUUUUGCAAAACCGUGUCCGUGGUUUCUUUUCUGCCGAAAAAACGUGUCAUGCUUUUGUAAUGUCGUGAACAUUGACAUCUUGGGAUAUGGCGACGUCUGAUUGGUCCGUGAGAAAUUACGCUGAGAUUAGCUAAUUAUAAUAGUUUGACAGCUUAACAGCAAAAGGCGUAGGAAUGUACUCGCAUUUCUGAAUCUAUUGACAAAAAAACGUGGCACGUUUUUUUUUUGGCAAGAGGAAGCAGUCCCUUUUUAGGAAUAUGUUUUUUACGUAUAUGUGAGGCAUGAUGAAAAAGUGGCAGUAGGAUUACAGUGGCAGUAGGAUUACAGUGGUUAUACGGAUAUUAAGAUCAGUUGUACAAAAGCUGGAUAGCGCUAUCCGCCAGAUAUAGUGAUUUUUUUCAAGCUUUCUAGAAUUGUCUUUGAUUGGUAUGGUAUAUAAUAGGAUGGUUUCGAGUGCAAUUGGGAUAAAACAUGCACGAGUGAGUUUUUCAAAGAGCAUCAAAAUUGCAAUUUAAAGUCUUUGAAAACUCACGAGUGUAUGUUUUUUCCAAAUUCCACGAGAAACCGUAAUAUUACUUAUUAAUAAUAUACUUGAAAAAAAUAUGCAUCUCCAUGCGUGGGUCACAUGCGAAACAGAUCAUUUUAAUAUAAACAAUUUUAUUAGAAAAUUUUGUCACUCGUAAUGUUUGGGUUUUUUGUAUUAUUUUCACUUUUUGCACUGUAUUUCAUUUUUUGCACUUUCAAGCAUUUUUGCGUCGGUUGAAAAAAGUCACUAUCUGGUGGAUCAUAGCACUAUCCAUCCUUCGUAUAACCCCGUCCCCUGCUGCUCACAAAAGGACACCCACAACCCUGUCACAAACGGAGAUUGGAUAUGUCUCUUUCAACACAUUUAAAACACCAGUAUCUUGGUCGUCAAUAUUGCGCUAGAAUUCAAAUGUGACAUGCUGCUGUUCUAGUUAUUCAUAACUUGAUGAAACAUCGAUAGUUUUAAACCUCCAUUCCGAAUAUAAGCCCUGGGCUUAUAUUUGUUCGUAGACAUUUUUUGAUGGACUUAUACAUUGGGGAGGGGGGGGGGGGCUUAUAUACGAGGGGCUUAUAUACGGACGACAUUUGGUGUUAGUAAUAAUAUUUAAUGUACCUGACUGUAAACUAUACCGUAAACGAAAAGAAAUAUAAAUUUAAAAUACUAUACAUACCACAUAAUAAAACAAGUUGGUUUACAUAUUAAUGCUGUAAAGUAAUUAUCGUCACUCGCCUGAGCUGUUGAUAUCCCUGUCGCUACGUUAAUAAAUCCGUCCAAUGAUAAGCCCAUGUGCGUAUACACAGAGAGGUUUAUAUUCGUUGGGGGGGGAGAGGCUUAUAUUCGGAAUGGCCUGAGCAUUUGUGAAUAUGGUGCAUGGGCUUAUACACAGAGAGGUUUAUAUUCGUUGGGGGGGGGGGGGCUUAUAUUCGGAAUGGCCCAGCAUUUGUGAAUAUGUGCAUGGGCUUAUAUACACAGAGAGGUUUAUAUUCGUGGGGAGGGGCUUAUAUUCGGAAUGGCCUGAGCAUUUGUGAAUAUGGUGCAUGGGCUUAUACACUGAGAAAUAUAAUGAGAAUUUCGCCGUUUCGAGCGAAGGCCCUUCGUCUGGAGUUACUUUUCUAGUAUAACUCCAGGCGAAAGGCUAGACGCUCGAAACGUCGAAAUAAUAUAUUUUUCUCCUAAUAUAUUUUUCAGGUAGUUGCAUCCCUAUCAACGAAAGUUUGUUUAUAUUAUUGGCACUACCUACACUGACACAGACAGUUCAGGAUUAUACACUGAGGGCCUUAUAUUCGGUGGGCUUAUACUGGAUUACAGGGUGGGCUUUUAAACCGCACCCUGUGAUCCUGUAUAUUUCCAUUAAAUCUUCCUUUGGCAUUUAAUUGUAUUUAUUUUCUGUGCAGGUACAUUCACAAGUUAUUUGACCGUAGUGUGGACUUCGCGAAGUUUAACAAGGAUACUUCACUAUAUAUGUUGGCUCGUGCGUGGAUGAAAAACAAACCUCAUGAAGCAGAAAAAGAUUCUGCACCUGAAAGUCCAAGUAUAUCAGUAAGUUACGGCAAGAAUAUUUCUAUAGUUAUUCGCCGAAGUGGAAAUAUCCUUGCACUAUUCACCGACACCGAGGUGAAUAAUUGUUUUACUGUAGCAUAUACUAUAGCAAAACGAAAAUGACCAUAACAAAACAAAAAUGACCAAAAAACAACAAAAAUAUUUUAAAAACAAUUUAUAUUACGGCUCCCGUAAAGGCCAUAAUAGUUGUAUACAAAACAGCAUUUACAACCUUUUAUACUUGCUUUAUUCAUUAAAAAUAAUUUUAAAGAAUACCUCUACAGUAUAUACACACUGUUUAAAAAAACUUUGUGGCUUUCUUUGUGCUUGACGGAACGGCAGCUGUGUUUUGUAGAAAAAUUUGCUCGUCUGUAACUGGAGUGAAACGGGAAGCCAUUUUGUUUUUGUCCGGAGGUGAAUAGUAUGAGGAUAUCUGGAGCUCAGCAACCAAUCAAAUUGCGCAAAAGGCAGUAUCCAUGCACCUCUCGAGUAUAUGCUAACACUGCACACCGUAUUUGUUUUCUGCAGGAACCUGGACAAAAAUCAGAUGUUUUGCACAGGUAUCAUACCCUACCGUAUUUUUUUUAUGAUACGUGUGACACUGUGACUUUACAUUAUAGUUCUUCAUUUUGUUAACUCCGUAUAUUACGUUUGCAGUCUACCGCCUCCAGUUGGUGAGAACUUGUCAUGUUCUAGAAUACCUGAUCCUGUUCGCCAAACUCGAGUUGAAGAAUGGGAUGCAGAUGACGUAAGUAUGGCGUAAAGAUAAUCACUUUUCUUGUGACGCCUUCCAGUCGUUUACAAGCAUGGUUAUUACACUGACCUGAAAGGUCAAGUGUCUUAAAUCCCUAAAAUAUCUGUUUUUUCCUGUUUUUUUCGUCGUCGAGAAAUCGAGUUUGCGUUAGCGCAUCGCAGGCUCAGUUUCCAGUGUUGCAGUCGUUCCAGUUUACUAUACAGAUCAGUUUUCAAGAUGGCGGCCAUUCAAUUAUCUCAAUGAGUGACUAUUUCAGUCUCAAACAAGUUAUUCAUUUGUCAACGAAUUUUGGUGCGUUUUUAUGUGGAUUUUGGAUUUAUCCUACUCUGCACUUUCUUGGAAGUUGACUGGGUCUGGGGUUUUUUCGUGCAACGUCUCUGGAAAUGCAAUAUCUGGAUCGCUGAGUUUUUCGAAUUUAAUGAAUAAUGUAAACAAUGUUGUCUGCGUUAGCGUAUCGCACGCUCGGAGACCAUGUGCAUUUAUGGAUAACGUUUGUAUUUGUGAGUAACACUUGUGUUUCGUUGGACAUUACGAAAACAUCUCCUGAGGAUCACGCCACGCUUUUAGCCUUUCACCGUUUCUUUUGUAUUCUUGUCUAUUACACCAUAGCACGUAUGUCGUCAUUUUCAGGUCAGUGUGAACGCCUGAGCAGGCGUCUUGUUUAUUUUGAAUCGUCAAAUUGAAAUUGUUACAAAAAUUAUCAGCACGAUCUCUAUUAUACCCUAGGCCCAUUUGAGACGGCGUACUCUUCAUGUGCUGAACUUAAUUGUAUUAUGCAGUAUAGAUGCGACACUGGAGCGACACAAGAACGGCAGUGAUUCAAACGCAUUCGUUUGGCGCAUUCGCAAACGAAACCUAUAAAUAUAAUUCAAAACAAAUAUUAAAGUCUAUUUUUAAAUUACAAGAUGGCUAAUCCAAUGGAGCGGCGUAUGAAUCAAUUUCAAUGAUUUGGAUUCUUGCACUUCACUUGGAGGAAUUAAUAUUAGAAUGUUAGGGUUUGUAAUCCAAGUGAGAAUAUAUACAUUUUAAGACCUAACCAGGAACGACUGCGAAAAAUGCAGCACAAGGUCCUCUGGUAGGAAUUGAACCUACGGCCCUGCGAUUCCGGUGCAGCGCUCUAACCAACUGAGCUACAGAGGCUAGCUGUUAAGCUGUAACCGUAAGUUCAUGUAUAUAUAGGUAAUCGGUUGUGCGGCUGCACCGGAAUCGCAGGACCGUAGGUUCAAUUCCUACCAGAGGACCUUGUGCUGCAUUUUUCGCAGUCGUUCCUGGUUCGGUCUUAAAAUGUAUAUAUUCUCACUUGGAUUACAAACCCUAACAUUCUAAUAUUAAUUCCACCAAGUGAAGUUCAAGAAUACAAAUCAUUGAAGUCCACCUUAUCACAACCCGCACACCCGAUUACCUAUAUAUACAUGAACUUACGGUUACAGCUUAACAGCUGGCCUCUGUAGCUCAGUUGGUUAGAGCGCUGCACCGGAAUCGCAGGGCCGUAGGUUCAAUUCCUACCAGAGGACCUUAUGCUGCAUUUUUCGCAGUCGUUCCUGGUUAGGUUUUAAAAUGUAUAUAUUCUCACUUGGAUUACAAACCCUAACAUUCGUAUGAAUCAAUGUCGUUCAAACUUCGCAUUAUGCGACAAGCUCUGCGUCGAACUUUUGUUGAUUCAUACGUCGCUCUUCUUCAUUGAUUAUUCUUAUUUGUAAGAUAUGGAAAUUGUUUGGUAUCUUUAGUCGACACCACACGCCAGGAAAAGAAUCGUAUUACUUAAAACCUUCUUGUAACUUGAAUUGUACUGUGUAAAUCAAGCACACAACCCACCCAUGACAACGUAGCCGAGGUGCAUGCUUGAUUUACACAGUACAACUGAAGUUGCAAACAGGUUGCAUGCGACAAGUCUAGGCAAAAAUUGCGUAUAGUGUAAAUCGUUUUUUUACAAAAAGUCUUACAAUCAUUCGCUGAUGGGCGAAUAUCUAAUUCUGCCUUGCGUAUUUUCGUUUUAUGUUAAGUUUUAACAGUCUACCGGGUGUCCCAAAAAAAAGUACUCCGGUUUGAUAUAUAAUAACUUCUAAACAAGUAAAGAUAUCAAACAGAAAUAACUUGCAUUAAAUAGAGGAAGGACUAACUUAGAUUUUGAUAUAUUACAGUUGUAUUUAACUUAAAAAUUCACGGAUAUAUUAAUGUUCAAAAUCGGGAGCAUAUUUUGGGAUGUGUCUAAAAUUAGCGAAAAUCGGAAUAUCAAAUAUUAACUUCAGCGUUUGUUUGCUUGAUGACAUAUCAGGCUAACUUGUAUUUCAGCGAAUUAUCGUUAGGGUUUGUAAGGGAUAUGGCGUAGAUUUAGACUUCUUACAUGUAAGCUAAGUCUUAGCUCAUUGUUUCCUGAAAUAUGAACGUAUGAAAUUAUGCAAGUAUAUUUAAUAGGUCUUUACAAACUUUACAAAUUUUAACAUGAAAGACCAUGCAAGGCAGGCGCUUAAAUUUUUUUUUGCUUAAAUUUCUUAGCCUAAUUUUUUUAUGUUUUUCAUGGGUUCAAAACAGAGUUGAUUAUUUCUCGGUUAGAGCGGGAUGAAUAUUAUUCUGCAAUGAAGGAAAUAAUAUUGCUUUUUGCAAAUACACAUCACAGUAUCAACGUUACUAUUUUGUUACGUUUUGUUCCAAAAAUGUUGGAUGUCUCCAGGGAGUUGCAUGCUUAAUUGUUAUGUCUUAUGGAGUUGUAUGGUUUGAUUGUGUUUCAUUCUCAGUUUAUUGUGAACUUAAAAAGAUUAAGAAAAGGCAAAUGAGUUUGAGUGUUCUUAACAAGAAUUCAGAACAUUGCAGAAGUUAGAAGAGCUUCACAAUUCCAUUGUGACAGCAUGCCCUAAUUCAGAACUACGAACGAUCCAUGACGAUCCUUCGCGAUGCAGUGGUCUCAUGAAAUAAGGAAACGUAUUCGUGCUAGGAACACACACAGAUUUCGGACGAAUAAAUAUUGCUUGUAUUAUACAGACUUUGUUUCAUAAUAAACAAUUUGUCAAGUGUCAUUUAUUUACUGGUAAUCAUACAUGUUUCAGUCGGGCAAAUCUUGAUUAAUAUUUGAUACGCCGUUUUUUGCAUAUUUCAGACACAUCCAGAAAUAUGGUCCCGAUUUUAAACAUUAAUAUCUCCGUGAAUUUUUAAGUGAAAUACAACUGUAAUAUAUCAAAAUCUAAGUUAGUCCUUCCUCUAUUUGAUGCAAGUUAUUUCUCUUUAAAAGGUUUACUUGUUUAGAAGUUAUUACGAAUCAAACCGGAGUACUUUUUUUUGGGACACCCGGUACUUAACAUCAAAAGGGAUUUAAUCAACUGUGAUCCCCUCUUUCAAUCAAUUGGUAUGUAACUAUUACAUACAGAAACUAUUUGUUUGACAUUUUCAUUCACACGAAGAUAUGAUUUUUUAUUCAGAUUCAUCAAACUGAUGGUCCUGGAGCAUCAGAUCUUCUUAGUCAACAUAUGACAAGAUGGAAAGAGGUUCGCCGAAGGUAAUGUAUACUCGGUGAACAUGUAUUGGUUGAUGAAAUGGUUGCUUGGAAUGGUGGUUUGCCAUGCAUACGUUGUUUGGUUGGUUGGUUGGUAGAGGUGCUACAUUGUACAGUACAUUGUUUGACAAAGCAGUUGGUACCCUAGCUGGUGCACAAUACUAUCUCUACUAGAAAAUACAUGCAUGCAGCAACAUAGAGAUUAUAAAUAACACUAGAGGAGGCAUUGUAAUCUUAAUUCAGUAAAAAAAAGGGAACGCGACUAUUGGGGGGCAAAUUCAAGUCCCGGAUGUGUAUUCGUGUUCCCAUUGGUGACGAGUUUCAAAUCAGCCAAUGAGAGCACGAUUUUAUAUCCGGGACUUGAAUUUGCCCCCCAUUAGCUGCGUUCCCAAUUUUUAAACUCGAUGCCUCCUCUAGUGUUAUUUAUAAUCUCUAUGUGCAGCAACCCCUCGCCUUUCUUAACAGAUGAAGUAUAAAAUCUCCACAUAAAGUAUUAAGACCAUUAUAAACAAACAUAAAAACACAACUGAUGCGCUAGGUUUAUAAUGAACGAUAACAUUCACUGCAAUUUCAUGCAUACCAGCUUGCAUUAAAGUGAAUUAUCGAGUUAAGAACGGAUAACACAAAGCAAGUACGCCGGGCAUGGAAUUUUACUACUGAAAUGUUUACACUUACCCAAACCCGCACAACGUUUAAAUUAUCAAAGACAUCAACAUCAAAACAUCAAAACAAUUAUUAUACAAACUUUGUUUCACGGUUGAACAGCCACUAAUUCAUGAAACUGCGGCUUAUUUCCAGUUAAAAUCAGGAAAAAAAACCUUGUUGUACUUUUGUAAACUUUUUAACGAAAUUUAAAACAAAAAAUUGCUGUAAAACAGCAAAAUACGUUCAAAAUACGUCCUUUCAAAAUGAAAAACAAUUACUUAGACAGAGCUUGUACUCGCGCAUGCGCAUAACGUCGAAAACCGUCCAUGACAUAAACAAAAUGGAGGACAACUUUGCACUCCGCUAUGUUUUCACGUACGUGGGUAUAAUUAGCCGUGCGGAAUUGGUACCCUCGCACGGCGCUUCGCGCCGCCGGCUCGGGGACGAAUAACUUUCAACAUUCUUGCACCAGGUUCAGCUAUGCCAUCGUUGAGUGCAGUGGCGAGGCUAGCCAUGACAACUGGUCAUGCUAUGCUAUUAACCUGCAUCUAAAUAAGUUAAAGACAAUUUUUAAAGGUUUGAAUAAUGCAAAUCAUUGGUCGAGUGUAACAUCCCCAAUACAAAUUUUCUAAUUCUGUUAAAUGUUAUUUUUCUCCAGGUGGAAAGAUGCAUCACAUAAUAAUCAACGACGUUACAUGUCAAGCAUUCAAAUAAUUAGAAAACUUUUUAACCAACAACUCUGAAGGAGUAGCGUCUUGGUGAUGUAUAACGCUUGUUUUAUUGUUAUUACACCUGAGUGUAUAGCAAGUUACAUUGAUGUUGUACCCGCCUAGGGAAACAUUUCUCAAAAUGGCAUUGUUAUAUAUAAAAAGCUCGCACACUUAUCCGGCCAAAUGUAGGCCACAACGGAGACUUGUAGCUAUGUGCGAUACUAAUUGUGUGACAAUAGAUAUAACGGUAUUGAUAGAUGUUGGACGGGGCUGAAUGGACGCUUCCCGAAUUUGCUGACUGGCAAUAAAACUACUUUAUUAUUGUUACGAUACCGGUUCACAAUCAGUGAUUCUCAGUACAGUUCCAUUUCAAGCUAUCGUUUCGUGCGCACUCGAUUAAUUUCGGGAAGUGUCUAUAUUUACACGAUUUUGCCUUACGUGUGAACGUAGUUUGUUCCUGUAGUUGUUGUCCCAUUGAGUGAAUAAAAAAUUGAUAGUGACGUAAGUCAGUCACGUCAGUGAUGCGACAUAUACUUCACCACCAUUAUACUCUGCUUCGAUAAUCCGAUUGUUUGAUAAUCCGAUGAUGAAAACACAGGCUUUUACAUGUAAUAUAUUAAAUAAAGUGGCUGAGUGUUUUUGUUCAACAAUUUAUAUUUUAUUGAUUAAAACAACGAAAAAGUUUGUAAAAAUUCUCGAGGAAAUGUUUGUUGAAAAGAAAAAAAAUUUACCGUGCUCAAUCCAUUGACAAGGGUCCUGAAGGGGUAAAUGGGAACUGGGAGUCUGGGACUUGCGUAUUUUUGGAUUUGGGUUACUGGACUGGGAAUGAAAGACACAAGAAUGGGAAUGGAAAACCCAACCCAUCAUGAAAUACGUUAGUAUGCAUCAAUUAGGCAUGCAUACAAGACUGUGUUUAAAGUGCCUAUGACACGAAAUUUGACCCCAAAGGUUUAUGGUUGCAUUGUAAAGAUCACUUAAAAUGACUUAAUAAUUUCUUUUAUAGAAUUUUGGUAACUUGCUCCCUUUUCAAGAUAUUCAGGUGUGACAUCACAUCACAUAAUGAGUUUUCAGAAAAGUAUAGUUUUCUU